AUGUCGUUGCCUUUCCCAACCAACCGGUUCGGACCCAGCUUCACGCUGGAUCCGACACCCAGCCCGACGGCAGAGGCAACCCGCACCGCGGAAACGACAGUAUUCCCCACAGGCGAAAGUAGCAACCCGUCGUUCCCGAACAACAUCCUCCAGCAGUCCGGACUCACACCGGGGCAAGUCAUCGGCAUCACAGUGGGCGCUACCGCGGGACUCGUCUUCUUUAUCGUCGCUUUGGUCUGGGUGUGGAACUGGAGGAGAGAGAGGAAGCUGGCGAAACAGAGUCUAGCACUCGCGACAGUGUCAGAAGGGGAUCCGGAGAAGCCAGACGGUGUGAUGAUAGCACAACACACCGGCGAGACAGUGGAGCUACCUGCGCCGAGAGGGCUCCACGAGAUGCCGGAGACGCAGCAAGGUCCGGCCAUCGAACUACCGGCACCGGUUGAACGAUCUGAGUUGCCAGGAUGA